AUGAUGUUCACCCGUCUCGUUGCUCUUGCUGCCCUCCUCCCGGCCCUCGUGUCAGCUACUCUUGAAGUUACUCAGCCUACCGGUGCAGGAUGGGUUGGGAACACCACUGUCCUGAUUUCUUGGAUUUGGAAUGCCACUGACCCCAAUUUCAGUUGCGAGCUUGGGAAUGAUGGUAUCAGGACUGGACCUCUCAAGAGCGGACCCAUUGCUAUCGCUAACAACGUUGUCCCUAAUACUGGCUCCCUCAGCGUUCAGCUUCCGGUUGUUCCUCCCGGAAAUAAUUACUGGAUCAAGUUGGUGAAGGUCGAUAACAUUAACACGGUUUACGCGCAAAGCCCUUUGUUCGCGAUUACCAACAACCCAACCUCAAGUUCUGUUACUUCGACGAGCACUGGCUCGGUUUCUGGAUCCCGCACGUCCACGAUUCUGUCUACGACUUUGAAAACUAAUUCUUCGAGUACUGAAUCAAGUACGAGCUCGAGCCUUCACAGCACUUCCACUGGAACUUCGUCGUCAGAAUCUAUCACUUCACUGCAAAUUUCAACACUCUCAACGUCGACGACGCCUACAUCUACUCGUAAGAGUGCGGCGACUCCCAGGAUGGACAUUGCUCUGGGCUGGAACGCCGCCUCGCUCGCUGCUCUCGGUGGUGCCAUGCUGGGUGCCGUGAUCCUCGUUUAAGGCCGCGAAAACUGGAAUUUGCAACUGUCAGUUUUACCUGAUCAGGUGAUCUAGUUGAACGUCAAUUAAUACUUGUUAUAUAAAUCGUUCCCUUUUCUCAAACUUUUCCAGCUUCUGCAUCUUUUGCAUUUUAUAACAUUUUUUGUCACAUUAUUAUUGACAAGUGGUGUUUUAAAU